AUGUCCUCCGACUUCUGGACCUCAUCGCACUCGCGGUAUCACCUCCACCCGCGCUCCUCUAUCCUCGCCUCGCGCUCCCUGGACCUCACCUACUGCACCCCGCGCCAGCUCUACUGCCUCCAUAUCUACUUUGCUGGCCUUUUGCAGAAGCUCGGCAAAAAGCUCCUCCUGCGCCAAGUACCCAUCUCGACCGCUAUCGUCUUCUUUAAGCGCUUCUACCUCAAGAACUCGAUAUGCGAGACGAAUCCAUAUCUUGUGUUGGCGGCGUGUGCGUACGUGGCUGCAAAGAUCGAGGAGACGCCUGUUCAUAUCAAGAGCGUGGUCGCAGAGGCCAAGGCGGUGUUUGCGGAGAAUAGCAUCAAGAUAUUCCCGGCGGAUUCGAGCAAGUUGGGCGAGAUGGAGUUCUACCUACUGGAGGAUCUGGACUUCCAUCUGGUUGUGUUCCACCCGUACAGAGCUUUGUUGGCAAUGACGGGUCGAGAGCCGGCGGACGGGGGAAGAUGGAGCAGUACCAGGGUGGAAGAGGAUCAGGCGGCGCGGAAGGGGAAAGCACCGGGAGCAGCGGAGGAGAGCGAGGAGGAGCGUAUUCGGAGGUUGAUGUCUAGAGGGAGUGGGGAAGGGUUGAUUGAGAUCGACGAGGGUGUACUGCAGAUCUGCCUAUUCCUUAUCAACGAUACCUACCGUACCGACCUCCCCCUCCUCUACCCACCAUACCUCAUCGCCCUUGCUGCCCUGUACAUCGGCUACUGCCUCACAUCCAUCAACUCUCUCAACCCCUCUGCUGCCUCUGGAGGUGCUUCUCAACCUCGCACCCGCUCCUCGACCCAGCAAAGCCACCCACCGACGAACCCCGCACUCGGUCUCCCCUCGCCUCCCUCAGCGGACUUUGCGGCCUUCAUCGCGAGCUUCCAAGUCAGCAUGCCGGUACUCAUGGCGUGCGUACAGGACGUAGUGGUCCUGUAUCCUAUAUGGGAGGGGUUUGAACCUGCGCAGAGAGCGGGACCGGCUGGCGGGUCAGGGAGCGGAAGUGGUGGAGGAAGUAAGGGCGUACUGGCGGGAAUGGCGGGUAUGAGAGCAGGAAUGGCGGCUGCGUCGGGGGCCGCACCGGGUGGAGGGGGAAAGGAAGAGAGCUUCGGUGUGGCGGAAGCAGAGGCGCUGGUCAGGCGGAUGAUCGAGGAACGCGCGGUCGACCUCAUGCACCCCGACGACGCCGGCAAGCAGGUCAUUGGAAAGAAGCGCAAAGCGUAG